ACAAAAAAACAAAAAGUCUCCAUUACCCAAAAACGUCACUAGCCACACAUCCUUCCCUUCUCUUCUGCCAUAGCUUUACGCAAUCACCCAAAAACCUCACGUCCGGAGACCAUGUCCGACGGCGGAGCCCUUCCCCAGGAAAUCAUCACCGUCAUACUCUCUCGACUACCCUUCAAAUCUCUCUCCCGAUUCAAAUGCGUUUCUCCCUCAUGGAAAACCCUAAUUUCUUCCCCUCAUUUCGCUCAAACCCGUCUCAAUCGAACCAAAGCCACCCACCGCCCACGUAAAGCCAUUCUCUUUACCAGCUCUUUCGAUCUCUACUCCCUAGAUUUCUCCGACGCGAACCUGACCCCUGAAAGGCUUGAUCAUCCUCCCUUCAACCACAUGAGCGUCGACUCUAGGUCAGUGAGCUCUUGUAAUGGUCUGGUUCUAGUUUCCGAUGAAGGUUUUGUCAACUUCUUAUUUAAUCCAUCUACUAGUGAAUGGAAAGAACUGCCUUCCGCUUUUCCUUCCCCUUUUCCUCAAUACUCUUCGGUGGAUGUCUUUUAUCCACCUGGGUUGGGUUAUGUCUCGUAUCCGGUUGAUUACAAGGUUGUGAUGCCCUUUUUUAAGCAACGGCGAAACGCUAAUGAUGCCGACACUACGAUUGUGGCUGUCUAUUCACUGAAAAAUAAUGCUUGGAGGACAAUUCAAGAUUUCCCUUAUGAUCCUGUGGGACGUGGUCGUGGGGUUUGCUUUAACGAGCAUCUCCAUUUGCUAUGUGGGAGGACUGGUGGUUUGGAUUAUUCUGAAGUUGUUGCCUUCGAUUUGGCGGAUGAGAUUUUCAGGGAAGUGGAGUUGCCUGCCUCGUAUGAUGAUACCGAGUAUCGGGGGCAUGACAUGGUGGUUCUUGAGGGUUGUCUCUGUUUGCUUGUUUGGUCGAAGAGUGACUGAAUUGAUGUUUGGAUGAUGAUGGAUUAUGGUGUAAAAGAGUCAUGGAUGGAUUUUUUUUCGAUCGCUAAUCCUGGGAGUUCUAUAGUGGCAGUGUUGUGUUUGUCAACGCAAGAGGAACUUGUGUUGAGGAGAGAGAGAUUUACAAGUAUCAGUGGAAGGGUGGAAGAUGAAUUUGACGGGGAGAAACUAAUUCUUUGCAAUCAAACGCAAGGAACACGAAGGGAAGUGGUGGUUCCUGGCAUUCCAACUACAUCUCUGGUUGGGAACCACUACAUCGAGACCCUCCGCUCUCCUAAUCAUGGAGGACGGAUUCCGGAGACAAUAUGAAGGUUCUUCAGGUGAAAGUUCAAAGCGUGAUCAACCGUCUAUUCACUGAAAAUUGAUGCUUGGAGGAGAAUUCAAGAUUUCCCUUGUACGCUUGAGUCGACUAGUUGUGGGGUUCUUAAUGGGUGUCUCCAUUGCGUUUGUCGUGGGACUGGUUCCUAUGUGAUUGUUGCUUUCGAUUUGGCGGACGAGAUUUUCAGGGAAGUGCCGCUUCCUGCUUUGUUUCAUGAAUGCAAGUAUUCGCAUCUUCACAUGGCAGUUCUUGGGGGUCGUCUGUGUGUGGUCGGUAUGCGGAAAAACCAAAGAUGUGACCAAGUUGAGGUUUGGAUGAUGGAGGAGUACGGGAUAAGAGAAUCUUGGACCACAUUUAGAAUUGAGGUGCCUGAGAAGUCUAUAUCAGCAGUUUCGUGUUUGUUAGCAGAUGAUGAAUUUUUGUUGCACAUCAGGGGAAACAAACCUGGUAUAUUGCAUGUAGAGAACUUGGUUGUGUACAAUCCGAAAAGAUAAACACCGAGGGACAUGGUAGUUCAUGGCAUUCCGACUGAAUUUAGAUUUGGGGGCACAUAUGUCGAGAGCCUCGUCUCUCCUAAUCAUCAAGGUGGGAUUGGGAGGUAUUGAACAAGUAGUUUCUUAAAGUGUUAUGUGAACUGUAAAUGACUAUAUGCCUUCUUUUGUCAAUGACGAAUUGUAGAUUCAUGUUAUAAGAGAUUCUAUACAGUCGUUGUUGCCAGAUUAUACUUGUUGUCUUCGACUAAGG